CUCUAUGCUGCGGCAGAGACUAAGCAUGCGCAUGCGCGUGGCCCAGCUAUAUUUUGCGCUAGCCGUCGCUGGGCGUGUAUUGUGGUGUUUGCAGUGCCCAGGAGAAAGGAACUAUCAUCGUCCAUCAUGGUGCAAGAAUUCACAACAGAAGACAAACUCGAGUACCAGUUCAACCCUGUGACAUCAGGGGCCCUGCAUUUCAAGGUUAAGGCAGCAAAUGAUGCACACAUUGCUCUGACAGCUGGCCCAGCUGAAGGGGAUCCAAUGUAUGAGAUUUUUAUUGGAGGCUGGGGAAACUCUAAGACUGCUAUCAGGCGAAACCGUCAGAAACCAGACAAGGCACUGGCAGACACACCUGACAUCUUGAGUGAUGCAGAGUAUCGUGGCUUCUGGAUCCGCUGGACAGGCGGCUCUGUGGCUGUUGGCAAGGAAGGUGAAGUGACCCCUUUUGCGACCUGGGACGACCCUGAACCAUUUGGUAUUGGCUACUAUGGUAUUUGCACUGGCUGGGGAGCGUCUGGGUCCUGGCUCAUUGAAGGUGGUGCUGAGAUAACUACGGUGGACAAUUUGGAAUACAGUUAUCGCCCAGUGCCAGAGGGCGCAUUACACAUUGAGGUGCGUGCUCCCUCCAAUGCUCACAUUGCUCUCACAUCAGCCAAUCAUGAGACAGAACCAAUGUAUGAGAUUCUGCUUGGAGGUUGGGAGAACACCGCAUCUGUAAUUCGCUACAAUCGCCAGAAACCAGACAAGGUGCGGGUAGACACACCUGGGCUGUUGACCAACAGUGACUACAGUCGCUUCUUCAUAGAAUGGAAAAAUGGUCACUUGAAGGUGAAGAAGAAUGGUUCUGUGCUGAUAGAGUGGCAGGAUCCCAGCCCAUUUGGCAUUUCGCACUUUGGUGUGCGAACAGCGUGGGGUGCUCAGGGACACUGGAGGGUCAAAACACUUCACCCUAGUGCAGCGCCAGCAAGUCAGCCUGGCUGGAAUCUACCCACUGCACCCCCAUCUGGGGGUGCAGCCUGCUGGGUGGAUGCUCGAGGAAGUGAAAUACCCGCGAAUGCUGUACCUGGAGGCUUUGACAAUGAGCAGCUGUAUGUGGGACGAGCAAACCACGAGGGUGCCCUGAUCCCUGGAAAGAUUGUGCCUUCUCAUGGAGUAUGCUAUAUAGCAUGGGGAGGACAGGAGCAUGGGAAGGAGGAAUAUCAGGUGCUGACAGGGUGUGAGGCUGCAUGGCUGCCAUCUUCUGGUGGACAGUUGCCUGAAGGAGCUCUGCCAUCUGGUGAGACAGAAGACGGCGAGCCCCUGUUUGUGGGUCGAGCAUCUCACGAGGGAACCUUGACAGUGGGCAAGGUACAGCGAAGUCAUAAUGUAUGCUACAUUCCAUAUGGUGGUCAGGAACUGGCCUACCCUGAGUAUGAGGUGCUUGUUGCCAAAUAAUGGCCUCACCACAAGAUAGUUGUGGGUUCCUUUGCCACUUCUGUGUAACCACAGUGAUGUUUCCAUAUUGUUUCUGGAAAGGAGUUCUCCCUAAAUAGCAGCCUAUGGAAUAAGAUACUCUUCUGAAUAUUUGUAGAACAUUGAACAUAAACUCAUGAAAGUGUGGAUGAUGUGGUUGUCUCUGCAGUGGAAGUUGUCAGAGGAACCCAUAUCCUUGUUUCCUCAAUAUGACAUUAAUUAUGGGCCUUUAUUGCAUCUCUGAAGCUUGUUGUUAAUCAGAAUAAUGGCAAAUUAAAAUUAAUGGGAUUGAACCUUGUUAAUAACAUAUGCAGCUAUUUUUAGAUAUAUAUUGUGUAUUUUAUUAUAUGUAUUGAAAAUAGAUUGAAAUGAAGCCCUUAUCUCUCUUGUGUUGUAUUUUAUACCAACACUAAUUAAAAUGUUUUGCUUUUGUUAUAUUUAUAUAUUUUCUUCAGACUGUAAUAAAGUAUAAGCUAAUAUGAAUA